AAUAAAACCUCCCAAUGUGAACCCAAUAGACUUUAAUUGUUACUGAAUGCUUAUUGCUUGUGGCACUAUGUUCAAGGAUCAAAAGAUUAAUAUAAAGCAGCAAAAGCAUAAAUGCGUUCAUCACUGGACUUCAUUCAGACGAGCAGUUGAGGAAGGACUUAUUGAUCCUAAGAAAGCAUUUCAAAUUGGGCUAAGAGGAGGAGGCUAUGGCCCUGAUGAUUAUGACUGGCCACUAGAACAAGGUUUUCACAUGUUUCCAGCCCAUGACUUAUGGUAUAAGUCCUUGGUUCCAUUGAUGGCUGAUAUCAGAAGGGAAUUAGGAUCAACUCAACCGGUUUACUUAACAUUUGAUAUUGAUGCUAUUGAUCCAAGCUAUUGCCCAGGAACAGGUACUCCAGAGAUAGCAGGUUUGACAACGGCACAAGCUCUUGAGGUAAUUAGAGGUACAAGAGGUCUAAAUAUAGUCUCAGCUGAUGUUGUUGAAGUGAAUCCAUUGUAUGAUGUUAGUGGUGGUACUGCAAUCACAGCUGCUAAUUUGUUGUUUGAAAUUUUGUGCUCUCUCCCAGGUGUCAAAUAUAAACAGAGAUAACAAUAUUUUGAU